GUGUAAUUUAUUUCCCUGUACGAGGCCUCCUGGUUCCUUAUUAGCUUACCGAACAAGAACGAGAAGAAAAAAAUGUUUGAUGUGUGCAUGCUACGUCUAGCCGACUGUUCUACAUAAUGAGAUCUGCUGUGAGAGGCUUGCGUCACUUGGUCAGCAUUAAGCAGGGUUGAAAGCUAGCUAGAGGAAAGUAGAAGCGAAGAGAAAGUUCGCAAGGGGAGACAGGACUACUGGACAGCCCUGCAGUCUCACUUAUGUGUUUCCCAAAAAGGCUUUGCUUCCAGUUGCAUUGCAUCUUCUUUUGCUAUUCUAUACAUAUUUUUUAACAUUCUAAGAGGGUUUGAAAAGGAAACACCUCCCUAGAACAAUCAUGGAACAACUUCUUUGCCUCGAAAUGGACACCGUCCUAAGAGCCCGUCCCGAUCCGAAUCUUCUCUUUGAUGACAGGGUUUUACAGAGCCUGUUAACCAUCGAAGAAAGGUUUCUGCCACAGUUUUCGUAUUUUAAAUGUGUCCAGAAGGAUAUUCAACCUUUCAUGCGAAGAAUGGUUGCAACUUGGAUGCUAGAGGUUUGUGAGGAACAGAAAUGCGAAGAAGAGGUUUUUCCUUUGGCAAUGAACUACUUGGACAGAUUUUUAGCUGUGGUACGCACCAGGAAGAGCAAUCUGCAGCUACUUGGAGCAGUUUGCAUGUUUCUUGCAUCUAAAUUAAAAGAGACGCGUCCAUUAACAGCAGAAAAACUUUGCAUCUACACUGAUAAUUCCAUCAAACCACAGGAGCUGCUGGAGUGGGAGCUGGUGGUGCUGGGGAAGUUGAAGUGGAACCUGGCAGCCGUCACCCCCAACGACUUCAUCGAACACAUCAUGAGGAAGCUUCCCCUGCCCAAGGAGAAGCUGACGCUCAUUCGGAAGCACGUGCAGACCUUCAUCGCGCUCUGCGCCACAGAUUUCAACUUCGCCAUGUACCCUCCGUCUAUGAUCGCCACCGGAAGCUUCGGGGCGGCCAUCUGCGGACUCCAGCUGGAUGACGUUGACCAGGCGCUCCUGGGCGACAACCUGACGGACCUGCUAGCCAAAAUCAUCAACACAGAAGUGGACUGUUUGAAAGAGUGUCAAGAGCAGAUCGAGAGGGUCCUGGUCAGCAGCCUUCGUGAGGGGCAGCAGCAGCAGCAGCAGCAGCAGCAGGAGCAGGCUGGGCCCAGGAACAAGGCCCUGGACGAGCUGGACCAGUCCAGCACCCCCACAGACGUCCGGGACAUCAACCUGUGAGCUGGCAGGAGCACCACCCCAGGACAAAAUUCUUGAACCAAUCAAAAACCAGAAAAAAAAACGACAAAAAACGAAAACAAGAAAAAAAAAAAACAACCACAACAACAAAAUGCUGGCUCGCUAGGUGAUCUUGUUUUUUUGUUUUUGUUUUUUCUAUUUUGUUUCAUGAAAUUUGCUCCCAUAUAUAUUCCUAAAAUACAAGCUAUUUUAGAUAUUAAAUAAAUAUUUUAAAAAGUUUUACAUUGAAACAAAAAAAAAAGGUGCCUCAAAUUUACAGAAGGGAAACCUAUCGUAUUUUUCAUAUUUGCUGUUUAUGAUUGUAUAUGCAUAAUAUAGCUAUAUUUAAUAAGAAAAAUAUGAUAAACAGUUUAUAAAGGCUUUUUGAGAUAGUGGGCUUGCAUUUUGUGGGAUGAAAAUAUGGGCUGUUUUUUGUUUUGUUUUGUUUUAGUUUCUUUUUUUUUUUCUUUUUUGGUGCGGGGCAUGUAUCCUUGGAUUAGGGCGCGCACACGCUGGGUUCCCAUUGGGUGAAAUAUGGGACGUCUUCACGUCACCUGCGUUACCCGGCAGACGUUAGGCCGUUGGUUUGUGUGCGGGGAGCCCGUGGGCCUGAGGACAGGGCAGGUUUGUGUGCGGGGAGCCCGUGGGCCUGAGGACAGGGCAGGUUUGUGUGCGGGGAGCCCGUGGGCCUGAGGACAGGGCAGGUUUGUGUGCGGGGAGCCCGUGGGCCUGAGGACAGUGCAGGUUUGUGUGCGGGGAGCCCGUGGGCCUGAGGACAGUGCAGGUUCGCGGCCGCUGGACAUUAUCAAAGCAAGUACUCUGAGGUUAGGACAGCAAAGGUCCCAAAGUCAGGGCAGUGGCUGAAUACGAAAGCCAAUGUUUAACUUUCAUAAAUGGUUCAUAGCGCAGAAAUGCAAAUCUGUUUAUUAUUAUUAUUAUUAUUAUUAUUAUUAUUAUUAUUAUUAUUGUCAAGGUUAUUUUUAUUCCAUCACAGGGAAUGCCUUUGAACGUAAGAUUUCAAUAAGCUUAUUUUUUUCUGAUGUCAGGAAAUGGCUGCUUCAGUGUGUCUGUGUGUGCAUGUGCGUGUGUGUGUGGUAACUGGCUGGGGCUGAGGGUGGGGAAGGGGUGCGGUCGCACGCGUCAUUUAGAGGAACCGUGGGAGGAAGGGGCUUAGGGAGGGGGUGCUUCGUUCGCCUGCUGUACGCUGCGAAAGCACGGCUGCCAGCUAUCGAUGUGCAUCUGCAUUGGUAGAGAGAGAGAGUCUGCAUUGGUAGAGAGAGAGAGAGAGAGAGAGAGAGCGCCAACAGACAGUGGCAGAUAUGGCUGGCAGACAUAUAUGUGUGGAGGGGCAAUGAGGCUGUUGUUCCUGAGUUCUGUCUGCCAUCAGAGUUGCAUUUAGGUGUUGCAUUUCAUUGCCGAGUUACACGCAGAGAUUGCAUUUAUUGUAUACAAGAUACCGUAUCUUUAUUCUGAUUUAUUUUUUAUUAUUUUAUCUUAUUUUAUUUUAUUGUUUGGUUUGUUUUGUUCUGUCAGUUCUGGGUGAGAAGGCACCCAGUUGUGCUUUUGUGAAAAAAGAGUAGGUUGUGCCCAGAGGGGGGCGCUGUUGUCUCAGUUGAGUGAGAAUGAAGUUGUGGCUCAGUGAGUGUGUGUAUAGAAAGAGACACUGGGCAUGUGGGGUGACAGAGGGCGAACAGGGUGAGAAAGCAGGUGACCAGGCAUGCAGGAGGACUGUGAAUUGGGGGGAGAGCUCUGCAUGGAAAAGCAUGUUUGGGGUCCAUGUGUGUGUUUGGUAGGGGGGGGGAGGUGGUGGAAGGAGUGUGGAGUAGGUGGGAGCAUGCUGCUUUGUAGAGGGGGGAGAGAUUGGGGAGGUUGUGGCUGGUGGGUGGAGGAAGAGGAGAGCCAGCUAGAGUUCCCUUCCAUCAGAUGAUGCCUUUAAAUGUUUGUGCUCUGUGUCCUCUGUCCUUUAAUGGCAUACCAGAAUUAGGGGCAGGUGUGACACUGCCAGGUUCUAAUUGUAGUUUUUUUUUUUUUGUAGUUUUUCUAAAGAUACAUAAAGACAAAAAAAGGUGGGACACAGGGGAGCAGUUUGAAGUGGUGGAACACUUUGUGCCGCUACAUUCCCGUUUCAAGGUGUGCAUCUUCCUACCACUGUCUAUAACUUUUUUCAAUUGCAAAGCACUUUGAAAACGCGCUCCCCAAGGGACAAAUGAAAUGGUCAGCAUGAGUGGAUUAUGUGGGGAUGUUUUUCUGGGGGGGGGUUCUGUGCAUUUUUUUUCUUCUUUUAUUUUGUAGGGCUGGUUUCCCCACAUUAGGUGUUCCCAUGGCAAAAGCACAUAGGUGUUUGUGGUAAUGCCUAGCACCUAUGACAAAGGACAUUCCAACUGAAAAACAUUCCAAGAAUAGAACCAGCUGGAGAAAGAGGUCAGACCAUUUCAUUGUUAUCUUAAAAUAGAAAACAAUCCAUUUGAAAAGAAAAUGCCAAGGAAAAUUUCUAAACGGCUACAGACAACGUUUGCUAUUUUGAUUUAGGAUUUUUUUUGUUGUUGUUGUUGGUUGGGGUUUUUUUUUUUUUUUUAGUUUUAUUUUUUUAUUGAUCAAAAUAUAUUAAAAAAAGACAUUCAUUUUACUUGAAUUUUAUUUUUUGUCUGCUCCAUAGCAAAAUGACUUGGAUUGAAUACAAAACAUAAAAGUUACAACAACUUUUCUUAUGUUAGUUUUUGCACAUGUUCUAAGAGCAAUUGAUAUGUUCUUUAAAAAAGACUAAGCUGUUCUGUCAGAUGCCACCAUUAUAACGAGCUUGCAGUUAAAAAAAAUCUCACAUUUUUUCAUACCCUGCAUGCUGUGUUGUGUUUCAGACUCUGCAGGACUAAUGUCUGAACAAAUUUCACAGCCCUCUUCUAACAAAACAUAUUUCGCAUCCGGAGGAUUGAUUCUCAGAUUUAGCAGGAUGCGCCCAACCCCAGUGGGAAAUAUUUGUGGGUUCAGGAGAAAACUGUGCCGUUCCAUUAUAGUAAAUAGUGUCCUGUGACCAUUUACCUGGCACAUAAGCAGACAGCUUGGUGCAAUGUGGGCCAUGUUGCUCAGUGAUAUCUACCCUACUGCAGUAGGUUAGGGAUCUUCUCAGUGGCCUUGCAGAACAGCGCUCGGACCAGUGCCUGAAUUGCGAACCGCAACAUAAUUCUGGUAUGGCAACACAUACAAAUUAUGUGGCGUCACGAAGACGUUGUUGGGAUUGUACAAAUAGACAAAUAGACAGUCUCAUUGUGUUUAAGGAGGCGGAAGUGCUGCGGUUUAUGUCUAUUGAUGACUCAAUAGGAGGGUAUUACAGGUGGAGGGGAUCAGAGUAUUAUAAGCAUUUAAACUGAACAAAUGCUUCUAACACACCCAAUGGGAUGGUCUGCCCCAUUCCCAUCUGUGGAGCCCUCCAACUAUUCCUAUUACCAUAGUGUCAUGUAUGGCCUAGUUCUUAGCAUCAAUUAUGAGAUACUUUGAUACAGAAUGAUCCGGACACUGAAAAUUCAACUGGUUCUGAAAUUCUUUAUUUAGGUGGCUCUGAGGUUUUAAAAUUGCUAUGAACAGAAAAAAAUAUAAUGCGCAGUUUUGUUUCUUUUGUUCUUUGUUUUUUUUUUUUGUUUGUUUUUUUGGUUUGUUUGUUUAUCUUUAUUUUAUGAGUGGUUGGAGUAUGGUGGGGUUCGAUAAUGUAAUCCAAAGUGAAGAGGGCUGGAAGGAGGGUGAUAUCAUCAAGUCUGUAUUGUAUUUAUUUUUUUUUUUUUUUUUUGCGCUGCUAAAAAGCUAUGAUUUUGUUUCAUUUGUAUACACAAUAACAUUACCUAGUUGUGAUGUCACUUGAGUGUGCUGCUAUUUUAUAAACAUUUUUACUAUAAUAUAAUUACUGCUUAAAAAAAAUACAGAAUACUGAAGUAGAUGGUAAAAGAAGAACAUGAAAUGAGUAUUCGACUGGAAAUGCUCUCUGUACAGUUUGCUGAAAUAGCAUGUUUCUGUUCUGUUUUUCCCCUCUAUCUUCUUUCCCCGUCACAUUCUGCAAAUGCGGUAUUUAUACACCUCAGGUUUACUGGACAAAAAAAUACCAUUUCUCCUUGACCAAUACCUCACAACCCUGCAGUUUUUCAGGGAGCCAGAAGAGUUGGAAGGCAGAUCAGAAAUUACAGUUCUGUUGUGCAUUUAGAGAAUUGUGAGGGAAGUGAUUCCCCCAAAAGAGAGGAUUUAGGCAGAAGGGGCUUCCACCUGGACUAAAACAUAGUGGAGGGGGACAAGAACACUGGUAUACCAUUGGCCCUUUAUUAAAUCAGUGUCUGCCCAUAAAAAUCUCUCUGGCAUUCAAUGGACGUCAUGUACGUUAAAUGAGAGUGCUUAGGGUGAGACUGUGGGUAAUUUGAGUAAGAGCAGUAUCGCAGUAAAUGCAGACAAAAAUGUUAAUUACUCAGACUGGCUCCAGUUUAGACCAUUUGUAUGUCCAUACAUUGUGGGUCAGUGAAUUUGUUUCGGUUGUGCCUUACUUGAUGCAACAUUGACUAAAUGAAAACACAAGUCAUCCUUGCUUUCUUUCUGUGUGGUUUCAUCAGUCUGGUCUUGUUGCCAUGGAUACGUGGAUGCAUCAGGCCCUCAGUACCUGGCCUGGCCAAUUGGUGCAUCCUGAACUCAAUUAUGACAUCAUUACCCACUUGUGACGUUCUGAGAACAAUGUGGAUUUCACUAUUUUGUUCCCCUCCCCUAUGGAUCACAUCAUGUACCUCAAUCAUGUCUGUUGCACAAUCUCUGUUCAAUAAACUUCUGCUUUAAAGAGUGUGACACCAUAAAUGUUAUUCUCACAUCUGUCUUCCUUUUUUUUAUUUUUUAAAUUAAAGUAAUGAAAAAGGUUAAGCAGUGUGUGGGUGUAAAUACAGGAAGGUGGACUGGAGAAUGCUGUAGUAUUGAAAGUGGUGGUGACUGGUCAGAGGAGGGAGAUGUUGGGGGUGAGGGAAGUAGAACACUGUUGAUAUCCGCUUGGUGCCUGGCUGGGGCAUUAUGUCAUUCUUUGUUGAAAUAAAGAGAUCAAAAACAGGAGUCACAAUACCUCUCUGCUUGGAAACCCCCAAUAUCCCAGUAGCAGAUCCCAGUGACACUGAUUAAACUUACUCACAAAUUACGGAUGGCUUUGUAAAAAAAAAAAAAAAAAAUUUAAAAUUGCAGAUUGCUUAUCAUCCUAUCUCGGUAACGGUUGCUAAGGAUUUUGCAUGGUUUCCAGGCAGACGAGAUGGUGGUUCUUCGGUGCGCGGCUGUUGGUGACAGGCCAGUACCCCCCAAGGUGUUUUGUGUUCCACUGAUCAGUUGGAUGUCUCCCCGGUACUCAUCUGGGGGCUUGAAGGCGUAGUAAGUUAACAUAUGAGUUUCAGAGUUAGUGUUGAAUUCAGUAUUGACAAGUCUGUCUAUGAUUAAUCAGUUCUUUAUUGAUCUGUUUGAAGAGGAUUCCUUUUUAAGUGUUGUGAAGGAUAUAGGCAUGCUGUACGGUCAAUAAACUCACCAUGAAUGAAA